AAAAUGUGUUUUACAUUGAUACACUUAAAAAAAUGAAUGGUAAAAAUAUUUAUACACUUACUUUAGAACAUUUUUCUCAUGAACCCGCAUGUAUGAUUGUCUUAGACAUAGAUGAGUGUCAGUGUAUAGUCCAGAGUGUAAGUAAUAGUAAUUUAUCAUUACUAUUAUUAAGUCUCUUAAGUGGCGUGCUUUGAUAUCUUGGAUUAUUGCCUGCCUGUCAAACAACCUUUUGUUUAAAAUGUUUAAUAUUUAAAUGUGUUUUUGUUUUGCAAGAUUCAGAAGAACUUGUGCAAUACAACCACUUUUUCCUUAGUGACAUCCUGUAAAACUUCAGUUUAAAUGUAUAAGUGUUGAACUUUUGAGUGUCUUUUUGCAAACACCCUGAUGAUGUUUUCUCAUGCUUUGAAGAUGAAUUAAACUUUGUUUAAAAGAGUUUAUAAGCAGAAGAUGAGCAUCUACCUUGGCUUUGGUGACCUCAGUGUCCAUUGGGUGUUUGGAUUUGAAGAUCUUCUGGACUUCCUGCUCAGGACUGCAAACAAACAAGAACAUUUAUUUCCAAGCUUUUAUGCUUCAUGUAUGUCAACAAGUCAUUUUUGUGUUAAAGAAGAUACAACUGGUGGUUUGGAUCAGACGUCGAAAGGAACCAAACCCCACAAAGAAGAAAAGGCUGUUAAAUGUACCGUCAAUUUCGGACUAUAAUACUUUUAUCCUACGUUUUGGACCCUAUGUCUUUUAAAAAAACCUCCCCGGGCAAAUUUUCUCCCGAAAAUCUCCCGAAAUUCAGGCGGAGCUGGAGGCCUCGCCCCCUCCAGCUCCAUGCGGACCUGAGUGAAGACAGCCUGUUUUCACAUCCGCUAUCCCAUAAUAUAAACAGCGUGUCUGCCCAAUGACGUCAUAACUGCAGAAUGAUUGAGGGCGAGUUCUUGGUUUCUUACGUGGGUUUAUUGUUAGGCAGUUUCAUUAACGUCCACCCAGCGCGGUAACAACACACAACAACAGCAGUCACCUUUUCGUGUACCGUAAAGCAGUUCGGCUGCCGUAAACAGCAAUGUUGUGACACUCUUAAACAGGACAAUACUGCCAUCUACUGUACAAGCGUGUGACGCUGGUGUGGCCACAGUGUGCAUAUCUGAUGUUGCUCACAUGUGCUCCCCUGAAUGCUCAAACAUGAAAAAUUAGAGGGAACAUUGGUUUCCAUAAACCUGGUAAACCGAUUGUCGCCACCUUCUCUUCUCAGUCCAUAACAAGAUGAGCAACAAUUUAAGAGCGCAGUGCCAAUUAUACCUCAUUGUUCUGCUCUUGUUGUGAAAGUCUACUGCUGAUGUUUCACUAACUGGUUUCACUUUUGACAAAUCACAGCCUCAUAGACACCUGUAAAUAUCAGUUCGGUAGCAGUUCAUGAAAAAAACAUGGACUUGUAAUCAAAUAGAUUUUUGUGAAAGCUGAUCAUCAAGAAUGACUCAACAUGUCUUAGUUUAUUUCAUGACUUCUCUCGUUUUAGUCAGGACUCGAGCAGCAGCAUUUUAGAGAGGUCAGUGAGAAGGCCAUUACAGUAGUCUAACCUGCUGGGGACAAAGGUAUGGAUUAGUCUUUCUGAGUCUGAUUUAUACAUUAUUCCCCCGGUUUUUGGCGCUGUUUUUCAGAUGGUAAAAAGCUGCUGAUGUUUUUGACCUAAUGUUGCUGUUAAGGUUCAAGUUUGAGUCCAUUAUUACCCCUGGAUUUCUAACCUGAUUAUUAGUUUUAAUGGUGAGAGUCUCAAGGUUACCACAGAUGCCGAUUCCAACAAUGUGGUCCAUAUAGGACUUGAACCAGUGAAGGACAGAAUCAGAUAUUCCCACCAUGUUUUCCAACCUCUAUAAUUAGACUAAGACAUUUUCUGCGUCUGUGUUCUGGCGGACAUCAUUUGUCACCUUGAUCAGAGCUGUUUCAGUGCUGGGUGGGGCCUAAAGCCCGAUUGGAAAGUAUCAAAUACAUUGUUAAACAGGACAAAGUCACUGAGUUGUUGGUAUACAACUUUUUCUAGGACUCUGCCCAAGAAUGGCAGGUUGGAUAUGGGCCAAACGUGAUUAAUUUAUGUGACAUCUAAAAUUCUCUUCUUUCAAAAGGGGGUAAUGACAGCAAUGUUAAGGCCUUGGGGAAUGUUCCAGUCUGAAGUGAGAUGUUAACUAGAUGAGCAAAUUGUGGUAACAAACUGAUCAGCACAGACUUUAGAACUCUAGUGGGUAACUCAUCAAGACAGCAUGUUGAUGACCUCAGACUGUGGAUGAUCUCUUCAAGUGUUUUGUCAGUGACAGGAGUGGAACAUGCCAGCUCUUUUUGACUAUAUAGCUGCAGAGUGGAUAUAUAUAUAUUUUUUUCCUUUGUUCUGCACAAAGUCUGGUUGGGGUGCCCACAUCUACGGUCACUUUCAAGGUUUUUCAUUGUUCCCAUUAGGUUAAGUUUUUUCUUAGGAUCAGAUCGGAGGAUGUUGUUGUGGUUUGUGAAACCCUUUGAGACAUUUUUGAUUAAGGGCUAUAUCCAUAAACUUUUAUUGAUUUAUUGAUUGCAAACAUUUAACUUUUGUAAAUCUCAAAAUAGAAUUGGAGCUUUGACUUUGACAUUUCCGUUCAGCUCAGCGGCACUCCCUUUUCUGUACCCAGACCAGGUCUUCAUUUCUCUGUGGCGCCUUUUGCCUACUUUUAACCAUUCUACCCAAAACAUUUAUAACACUUGACGUAUAAAAGUUCAGCAGAUCAUCAACAUUAACAUACGUGACAUUUUCAAACCUAAUCAUUUCCACAAACUGUGUCCGUAUGCUGUCAUUUUUUAAGUCUUCCCCGAACAACCACAGAUGUAUCUGUUGGUUUGAGUCUACCGACAAGUAGACAAAUAAAGCAGCAUCGACAACAUUCCCAAGACUCUUGGCAAUGACCAAAUGAAGAGUGUGCACACUGCUGUGGGUGGACUCCUUUACAUGCCAGUUAGACCAAACAUUUCAAGGACAACACCGAGUUAUUUAGCAUGCAAGUCAUUGUCUACAUCCACUUGCACAUUUAAGUCCCCUGUAAUGACCAAACCUUCAAAAACAGUUCACACAAAUGAAAGUAAUUCCAUAAAAAAUCAAAAAACUAAUUUUAAUUUUGUUGUGAUUUCUAAAUAGUAGAAACCCAACAUAUCUUGUGAGAUGAGCGGCAAUUUAAGAGAGGAGUGCCAAUUUAAACUGUGUUAUUAUACCUCAUUGUUCUGCUCUAGUUGUGAAAGUCUACUGCUGAUGUUUCACUGACUGGUUUCACUUUUGAUAAAUCAUAGCCUCAUAGACACCUGUAAAUACCAGUUUGGUAGCAGUUCAUUAAAAACUAUCAAAUCGUAAUCAAAUAGAUUUGUGAAUGCUGAUCAUCAAGAAUGACUCAACAUGUCUUAGUUUAUUUCAUGACUUCUCUCAUUUUAGGACAUUGUGAAGUCGUCAUACAAGAACAGAAUCACUCUGGACCGGGUCUCUGCAGAACUCACCAUCAAAAACGCCACAUAUGAAGACAGUGGAGACUAUCUCCUACAAAUGAACAUAAACAGCGAGCAGGAUACUUUCCUGUAUAGAAUUGAAGUUAUAGACAAAGUAUCCAAACCCAACAUAUCCUGUGAGAUGAGCGACACAAAGCAGGCGACACUUGUGUGUUCAACAGAGUCCAAACAUCCUCAUUUAUUAAAGUUGAAGUGGAGCUCACCAGGAAAGGAGCAGACUGGACCAAAUUUAACAAUAACUGUCAGGAAUGAAGAUGAUGAUCAAGUUUAUCGUUGUGAUGUCAGCAACCCUCUGACCAAUGAAACGGCUUCAUUCACCGCUAAGGACUGCUUCCUGGUUUCUGCACAGGAUGUGAAAUAUUUCCUGAAGGGUCAGGACAUACACUUCAUGCCAUCCAUCUCUGAACAACCUAUUAUAAUUCACUGGCUACAUAAUGAAAAUGAUGUGGCCUUUUCUACUGUCACGGAGAAGUAUGUGCCUUCUCCAUACAAGAACAGAAUCACUCUGGACCGGGUCUCUGCAGAACUCACCAUCAAAAACGCCACAUAUGAAGACAGUGGAGACUAUCUCCUACUAAUGAACAUAAACAGCGAGAAGGAUACUUUCCUGUAUAGAAUUGAAGUUAUAGACAAAGUAUCCAAACCCAACAUAUCCUGUGAGAUGAGCGACACAAAGCAGGCGACACUUGUGUGCUCAACAGAGUCCAAACAUCCUCAUUUAUUAAAGUUGAAGUGGAGCUCACCAGGAAAGGAGCAGACUGGACCAAAUUUAACAAUAACUGUCAGGAAUGAAGAUGAUGAUCAAGUUUAUCGUUGUGAUGUCAGCAACCCUCUGACCAAUGAAACGGCUUCAUUCACCGCUAAGGACUGCUUCCUGGGUAAAAGAUCAGAUGUUCAUCUGAUUAUCAUAUUAGUCUGUAUCUUCAUUCUGGUCAUCUUGUGUUGUGUUUUAUACAUAACACCUCAAUAUCUAAAAGUGUCCAAAGAGCGUGAUGAAAAGACAUCCUUCUUAGACCAAGUACUCACUCUUCCCUCCAACUCAGGACUGAAGGUGUUGACUGAGGAUGAGAAGAUGGAUUCAGAAGGAGCCAUGCGACUCACUGCUUCUGUUCCUGCACUUCAUUCCUCUUCAACACACUUAAACACUAUCACUGAACUUUCAGAUACCAGCAAUGAUCAGCAAGAUUAACUUCUGAAAAAUUCGGAGUAAAUGCAUGACUGCAGUGGAGUGACAGUCAGUCGUUGCAACACUUGGCCAGGAACCAGUUCUACAUAUUCAAAAAUAAGGAAUACUUCAGGGAGAAAACAAAGACAUUUACUUAAACAUAAAGAACUAACAUUUAGAAAAAGAAGUGAAGGAAGCCAUCUAUGUUAAAAGGCCAUUUUGAAACAAAAAUGGAGGUUGUAGCAACAUCCAUUCAUGCAUUUUCUACCGCUUAUUCCCUUUGGGGGCGCUGGCGCCUAUCUGACAAAUUCACCAACAACUGGAUUUUUAUUUUAUUUUUUUUCCCAAGAUGUCGCCGCUGUAGUGGCUGCUGGUGGCAGGAGCUCUGUGCUCGUGUCAUCCUUCUGUGUUCCUGGUGUUUCCUUCUUGUUUUCAUGUCGGUUUUGUUUUUCCUUUUGGUUCGGGACCCUUCAGGACUGUCUGACAAGGGGUGCCACUUUCGAGACUUCUGCGGGGCUUUUUUGUGGACUUCUGGAUCUGCCUCCCGGGAGCCUUUUGGCCAUGGAGACCAGCUGCUGGGUCUCUGCCACACCAGAGUCCGUUUGGAGAGACUGGAGGAGACGCGGAUGAAGAGACAGAGCUGCGGAGCUGGUGCUGAGCGCCGGGACGGACGGGCUUCACAGUGUCUUGGCUGAAUGAGCAGGUAUCGGACACCUCGGUCUCCUUGGACGCAUCCUCACUCAUCCAUGCAGACUGGACACUGGCCGAGAGUUAGUGAGCGGCCGAGUGGCUCUCUUGGUUGCUUUGUUGGGUCUGCUCCUGUCUCUGGCCAUGCUCCCCCCCACCCCAGCAGACGAUGGCGUGGAAUACGGCCACCACACUGUAUAUGUUUUUUUUUAUUUUAUAUUAAUUUUUUUGUAGCUGUAUAUAGAAAUGGCUGGUUGCAUCAGAUAUGCUCUUUUAAUGUCCUUUGUGUUCUUUGAUGUUUCCCUCUUACACACAUGCUUAUGUGUGCUUUAGCUAUGAGUUUCUUCCGUUAGCCUUAGUCUGGACCCCCUCUCCAGGGGCCCAGGCUUAGACUGAAUAGUCUACCUGGACGUUGGAGUCUGCAAUAAGGCUUGAUUGGUAGCGUUUUCAGAUAAAUAGAUAUGAAACUGUACAUAGACAAUGUAGAUGUUUCGUAAUUUUCAUAUUUUAUGUCACUAUAUUUACUCUAUUUAUACCUGCGUUGGCCUUUCCAUCCUUACACUUUCCAUCAUUGUAACUGAGCUAGUGUGGAGAACAAUGCCUGUUGAGGACCCUUACUAUUGCACAA